AUGCGUUGCCACGACAAAGCUUUCCGCUUCGUACGACGUACCAAUGACCGCGAGGUCCUCGUGUAUGUGGACGGAUCAUGUCUGGGUCAGAACAGUCCUACCCGACGCGCCGGAUGCGGGUGGACGUACAAGCCAGGCACGACGACUUCUGAACCAGAGAGCUAUGCGAUCAGGCUGGAAGGCAAGGGUCCAGAUGGAGAUGCGUACUCGCAGACGAGCAAUCGUGCGGAGCUUCGUGCGGCUCUCGGUGCUCUGGAAUUUCGAAUGUGGCCAGGCGAGGGCUGGCGAAGAAUGGUCAUUGCAACCGACAGUGAGUACGUUUUCCUUGGAAUCACAAUGCGAAUUCAAACCUGGGCGGCGAGAGGGUGGCGAACGGCCGGAGGUCAGGCGGUCAAAAACCAGGAUUUGUGGAAGAGGUUGCUCGAUCGAAUCAAUUACUUCGCGAAGUAUGGUCUGGAAGUCGUAUUCUGGAAGAUCCCGAGGGAGCAAAAUCAAUAUGCUGACCUGGCUGCCAAGAAAGGGGCUCGAGAACCUGAUGUCGAGGAAUUCACAAAGUAUGAAGGUGUUCUUCGCUAG